AUGGGUAUAUCCAGGCGACCUAAGGAUAAAGCCGCUCGGCAGGGCCGUGGCGGUGACCAAGGCGGCGCCAGCGCGAGACCGAAGAAGGCGACGUUCGACACAACCAAGAAAAAGGAGAUUGGUGUAUCAGACCUGACGCUCUUGAGCAAAGUGUCCAACGAGGCGAUCAACGAGAACUUGAAGAAGCGAUUCGAAGGCGGCGAGAUCUACACCUAUAUCGGCCAUGUGCUGGUUUCCGUCAACCCUUUUAGGGAUCUUGGCAUCUACACGGAUCAGGUUCUUGAAAGCUACAAGGGAAAGAACCGUCUCGAAAUGCCACCCCAUGUCUUUGCCGUUGCCGAAGCUUCGUAUUAUAAUAUGAAGGCCUACAGUGAUAACCAAUGCGUCAUCAUUUCUGGAGAGUCUGGCGCCGGAAAGACGGAGGCUGCAAAGCGCAUCAUGCAAUACAUUGCGAAUGUGUCUGGUGGUGGCUCUGGCGACAUCCAGAAAAUCAAGGACAUGGUGCUUGCCACUAAUCCUUUAUUAGAAUCCUUUGGCAAUGCCAAAACGCUGAGGAACAACAAUUCGUCACGGUUUGGGAAAUAUCUUCAAAUUCACUUCAAUGCCCAGGGCGAGCCCGUCGGUGCUGAUAUCACCAACUACCUCCUCGAGAAGUCGCGAGUCGUCGGCCAGAUCACAAACGAGCGCAACUUCCACAUCUUUUACCAGUUCACCAAGGGCGCAUCGGACAAUUACAGGCAGCUUUUCGGUAUCCAAAAGCCCGAGACCUACGUAUACACGAGCCGAUCCAAGUGUUUCGACGUCGACGGCAUCGAUGAUCUCGCAGAAUACCAAGACACGCUGAACGCCAUGAAGAUUAUCGGUCUGGCGCAAGCAGAACAGGAUGAGAUCUUUCGCAUGCUCGCGGCUGUUCUGUGGGUCGGCAACAUCCAGUUCCGCGAAGACGAUAGCGGCUGGGCUGAGGUUACCGACAGGUCCGUGGUGGAAUUCGUGGCUUACCUGCUUGAGGUGACUCCGGAGCAGGUGAUCAACGCCAUCACUAUCAGGAUUUUGACCCCCAGAAAUGGCGAGGCCAUUUACAACAACCUGUUCGACUGGAUCGUCGAGCGCGUUAAUAAAUCACUCAAGGCCAAACAGGCAACGUCGAACACCAUUGGUAUUCUCGAUAUCUACGGCUUUGAGAUUUUCGAGAAGAACAGCUUCGAGCAGCUUUGCAUCAACUACGUCAAUGAGAAACUUCAGCAAAUCUUUAUCCAGCUCACACUCAAAACUGAGCAAGAAGAGUACGCCAGGGAACAGAUCCAGUGGACUCCCAUCAAGUAUUUCGAUAACAAGGUUGUGUGCGACCUUAUCGAGCAGAUUCGACCUCCUGGCGUCUUCUCGGCGAUGAAGGACGCGACCAAGACCGCCCAUGCCGACCCUGCUGCGUGCGACAGGACGUUCAUGCAGAGCAUCAACGGUAUGAGCCACGCCCACUUGACCCUCGGCAGGGCAACUUCAUCAUCAAGCAUUAUGCCGGUGGAUCUCGAUAACCGCAAGCAGCCGCCCUCUGCGGGUGACCGCAUCCGAACUUCGGCGAAUGCCCUCGUGGAGACCCUCAUGAAGUGCCAGCCGUCGUAUAUCCGAACUAUCAAACCCAAUGAGAACAAAUCGCCUACGGAAUACAACGUCCCCAACGUCCUGCAUCAAAUCAAGUAUCUUGGUCUGCAAGAAAAUGUGCGCAUUCGUCGAGCUGGUUUUGCGUACCGCCAAUCGUUUGAGAAGUUUGUCGACCGGUUCUUCCUGCUGUCCCCUGCCACAUCGUAUGCCGGAGAAUAUACUUGGCAAGGCUCCUACCAGGAUGCCGUGAAGCAGAUUUUCAAGGAUACCAGCAUUCCUAAAGAGGAGUGGCAAAUGGGUACUACCAAAGCAUUUGUCAAAUCGCCCGAGACCUUGUUUGCCCUCGAACACAUGCGAGAUCGGUACUGGCACAACAUGGCUACCCGUAUCCAACGUAUGUGGAGGGCCUACCUCGCCUACCGUGCUGAGUCGGCCACGCGGAUUCAGCGAUUCUGGAGGAAGAAGCGGACGGGCGCCGAAUACAUCCAACUACGAGACCAGGGCCACAGAGUCCUGGGAAAUCGCAAGGAGCGCCGCAGAAUGAGCAUACUUGGCUCAAGGCGAUUCCUCGGAGACUACCUCGGUCUCAACGCUUCCGUUGGCCCAGGCUCCCAGGUCCGAAGUGCCAUCAACCUUCCGACGAGUGAGAAGGCCGUAUUCUCCUGCCGAGGAGAGAUCCUGGAGGCCAAGUUCGGUCGAUCUAGCAAGCCUAGCCCACGCAUCCUUAUCGUGACCACGCGAUCAUUUUACAUCAUUGCCCAAGCCUUGGUGAAUAAUCAAGUCCAAAUCUCUAUUGAGCGCUCUAUUCCUCUGGGGGCAAUCAAAUUUGUUGGUACAUCUACUUGUCGAGACGACUGGUUUUCGUUGGGCGUGGGGUCCCCGCAAGAAGCCGACCCUCUUGUGAACUGUGUCCUCAAGACCGAGUUGUUCACUCAGAUGCAGCGCAUGAUGCCAGGUGGCUUCAACCUCAAGGUUGCGGAGGUUAUCGAAUACGCCAAGAAGCCGGGCAAGAUGCAGAAUGUCAAGGUGAUCAAGGACUCUCAAGUGCAAGUUGACUUUUACAAGAGUGGCGCCAUCCACACGCAGCAAGGCGAGCCUGCCAACUCUAUCUCGCGCCCUACGCCCAAGGGCAAGCCUGUCCCACCUCGCCCCAUCACCCGUGGCAAGCUCAUCAAGCCAGGCGGUCCCGGAGGUCGCCCCUCGAGGGUUACCGGGAACCGUGCGCCGCAGCCCAGACCCGGCGCGAGCAGCUCUUCCCGGCCGGUGCCCCAACCGCCCGCAGCUGUCAUGGCCUCCGCUGCUAUCCCGAGCCACACUCGCCCUCAAGCCUCGCGCGUUGCCGCGGCGCCAGUGGCUGCCCCAACGCCCGCUUCGAGAAUGCCCCCGCCACCUCCGCCGCCGGCGCCAGCAGCGAAGCCUAAGGUCAUGGCCAAGGUCCUCUAUGAUUUCAGCUCAGAGAAGGCCAACGAGCUGGCAAUUACCAAGGGAGAACUGAUUGAGAUUAUCCAAAAGGAAAAUAAUGGUUGGUGGCUGGCACCCCCGGCCAAGCGUCCGGCUGCUGGCCGCAAGCCAGCCGGGCUCCAGGCGAGGGACUCGGGCAUGAGCCUGAAUGGUGGUGCGGAUAACUCGUCUACUCCCAAUUUGGCGGGCAGUCUGGCAGAUGCCCUCUUGGCGAGGAAGAAUGCAAUGCAAAAGGGCAAGGAUGAUGAUGACGACUGGUAA